GCGGAGUACAAGGACAGCGCCUGGAUCUUCGUCGGCGGGCUGCACUACGAGCUGACGGAGGGGGAUGUCAUCUGCGUGUUCUCGCAGUACGGGGAGGUCGUCAACAUUAACCUGGUGCGGGACAAGAAGACUGGAAAGUCCAAAGGCUUUUGCUUUCUGUGCUAUGAGGACCAGAGGAGCACCAUUCUCGCUGUUGACAACUUCAAUGGGAUCAAGAUCAAAGGAAGGACGAUUCGAGUGGACCACGUGGCCAACUAUCGUCCCCCCAAAGACUCGGAUGACUUAGACGAAGUCACAAAAGCUCUCCAUGCAAAGGGUUGUGGAGUUAAAACACCAUCUCAUACGUCAUCUGAUUCCCUGUCGGAAGAUGAUGAUGUGCCCCUAAAAAAGCAAAAAGCAGCAGAUAAGGAGAAAAGUAGACAGGAGCGGCAAAAGCAGAGCUCGCAGGCUGUGAAGCAGGUGUCUUCGGUGGAGGAGGCGCACCCCAGAAUCAAGAUUAAGAAGGAGAAGGAGGACCCUGGCUACGAGCGCUAUGCCAGCGGGAGCCAGCAGCCCUGGAAGAGCUCUGAGAAGAAGCCUGUGAGCAGGACGCAGCGAGAGGAGGAAGAGUGGAGGCACCAGAGGGUUUCGGAGAGAAGAGGGGAAAAGAGCUGCCAGGACCAGAGGGGACAAAGUGGUUUGUGGGAAGAGAGGGAGAAGAGAGAGGACGCUGGCAGGAAGGGCGACGGGCACAGCAGCCGGCGAGAAGAGUGUCCUGAGGGAGGCAGAUCCCGGGAGCGCGGCACCAGGGAGCCCCAUCACAGGCACAGGGAGCGGGGCUCC